AUGUCAUUUGAAGAAAAUAUUGCACAACCACAGAAGUAUGUUGGUUUCGAUACCAUCACCACACAAAUUGAAAACCGUCUUUUGAAAAGAGGCUUCCAAUUCAAUGUUAUGGUGGUUGGUAGAUCAGGGUUAGGAAAAUCUACUUUAGUCAACACAUUAUUUCUGUCAAAUUUAACCCGUUCCAAUGGUCGUCAUUCAGCUGCUGAAGCAAUUGAAAAGACUACCGAAAUUAAGGUCCUGCUGCACGUACUUAUGGAAAACAAUGUUAAGUUGAAUAUAAACGUCAUUGAUACUCCAGGAUUCGGUGAUCAAAUCAAUAACGAAAAAUGCUGGGAACCCCUUGUAAAAUAUAUUAAGGAACAGCAUUCCCAAUAUCUUAGAAAGGAAUUAACCGCGCAAAGAGAAAGAUUCAUUGUAGAUACCAGAGUGCACUGCAUCUUGUAUUUCAUUUCUCCUCAUAUUAAGGACUUGAAUGAAUUGGACGUGGUUUGCUUGAAGAAAUUAAGUGAAAUUGCUAAUGUAGUCCCAGUUAUUGCCAAAUCGGACUCAUUGACAUUGGAUGAAAGAAGCGAAUUAAAGAAAAACUUGCAAAAUUCAUUUUCCAAGUACAACUUCAAUAUUUACCCAUACGAUAACGAUGAACUUUACGACGACGAAAGACAACUUAAUGAGGAUAUUAAGUCAUUAAUCCCAUUUGCUAUUGUAGGAAGUGAAAAGGAAAUCGUCAUUAAUGGGGAAUCUGUCAGAGGUAGAAAGACUAGAUGGGGAGCUAUAAACGUUGAAGAUGUUUCACAGUGUGAGUUUGUAUUCUUAAGAGAUUUCUUGACUAGAACUCACUUACAAGAUUUGAUUGAAACUACAAGCUUGGUUCACUACGAAAGCUUCAGAUCUAAGCAAUUGAUUGCUUUAAAGGAAAAUGCUAGUAACCCCAACAGGCAAUCCAGUGCAUUGCAAUCUACAACUACCACUGCUGCCGCUGCUCAGGAAACAAACGGUCAGGUUGGUCCUUCCUUGUCUGCUGCUCAAAUAGCUUAA